AUGCACGAAAUUCCUUUGGACGUCACGAUAGACGAAUUGAAGACUACAUUCUCUAAAGAAAACCUAGGGUUCCAAAUUAGUGUUGUCUUCAGACUAAAAAGGAAAAACAAGAUUACCAAAACAUGGAAAAAAUGUCAAUUGAUCUGUAUCACUAUUAAAGAUGAAAAUCUUCCCGGUAAAAUUAUUUUAUGGCGCUGUGUUACACCAGUUCAUGCUUACAUUCCUAAUGUUAGGAUCUGCUAUAAUUGUGGUCGCCUGGGUCACAUUAGUAAGACAUGCAAAAGUGAGAGAGUAUGUUUGACCUGUGGCAUCUCUUAUCUCAGUAAAGAGGAAGAUUUUAAAUCAUGUACUGCAGCCAAGAAAUGUGUCAACUGCGGUGGCAACCAUAUUUCAUCAGACUUCUCGUGCCCGGCACUUGUGAAGAGGAGGCUUAUCAACAGGAUUAUGGCAGAGGAAAACAUCCCUUUUCUGGAAGCAAGAAGGAAAUCUGAACGUGUCAACCAUUCAUGCAACUCUAAAAACUCAUACGGAUCCGAUUUUCCUCGGCUGUCAAGCCCAAUGUCACCAAGAGACUCAACGUUUGCUGACGCUAGAUCAAUCAUAAACGAAUACCUCGUUUACAUAAUACAAAGACUAACCUGGGAUGCAGUUUUAAAUGAGUGGGAGUUAUUGAAGGAAAAUUUAGGACCCUUGAUGGAAACAGGUGAGAGGAAGGACUUCUUAGAAUUUAAAAAAAUGGAAUCCAUCGCACGAAUUGACCUCAGAAGAAUUAAAAGGGACAAAUUUAAACAAUUUUGCGAGAGUCUCAGAAAGGAUUCGAAUCCUAGCUAUAUCUGGAAUAAAAUCAAACGUUUUAAGUACCGUUUUAACUACACCGAAACUCGUAACAAAUACGAUCCAGACAAAAUCGAUACUAUCCUUUCUCAAAUAGAGGAGAUUACCCCUCCUUGGGUUCCGACUAAUAAACCAAAUUUCAUCCAUGCUAACCAACAAGAAUCUUUCUUGGACCUGCCUUUUGAGGAUUCAGAAUUUGACUUUGCGAUGAAAAGAUUAAGAGGCAGAUCCUGUAUAGAUAAUCUGUCCAUUAUACAUUCGGACAUAACUCUCUGCCAUGAUAAGGGAGGUCUUUCCGUGGCCGUCUUCUUGGAUAUCCAAGCGGCAUAUGACAACGUGCUUAACGAUAUAUUAAUUAAUAAAUUAUCCUCAGCUGAAGUUUCUAGCAAAAUGUUGGCAUACAUCCACAACCUGGUUUCAUUCAGAAGGGUCCACUUCAAAUUUGGCAGUAUAGAUGAGAUAAGAUCGGUGUUCAGAGGCCUUCCUCAAGGCAGUGUUUUAAGUUUACUGUGUGACAACCGUAUUCCAUACAUUCUUCAAUCCUUAGAGAAGGCUUUGAACUCAGUGUGCAACUUUUUAAAAAACAUAGGCUUAGAACUAUCUACAAAUAAAACAAAAUUUGUGGUUUUUGAACCCGGACUAAGGGCUAAAAGACCUGGCCUACAUUCAUUACAAAUUGGAAAAGAUGUGAUUGAUAAUUCAUCGCACGCUAGAUUUUUGGGCUUGGUUUUUCAGGCAAAUCUUGGAUGGGACGCUCAGAUUAAGAAAAUUAAAGAAAGCUGUCAGACUCCUCUAAAGAUUAUUAAUUGUAUCAGACACGUUUGGUGGGGAUCCAAUAUCGAGCGAUUCGCUUAUCCUUGGGCUCCUACUAACAUUCUCUUGGCUGAGGCUAGGGAACCUUCUCUGAUGCAAAGAUGGGCAUAUCUGUCUAGCAACUUUGUUUCUAGAAUCUGGACGUGGUCAAACCAUCCCCUAAAAGAAAUCAUGGACAAUAUUAUUGAAAGUAGAGAUACGCCUACUUAUGUUCAAAGAAUUAACGAAUCCACUCUGAUUACAUCUUUUAGGAAACUUCAGGACAUUCUUCGAGUUUUGGAAUCAAGCCCAAAAUUUUUAGGGUACUCUAAACACUGGCUUUCCCUGUUCUAUGUUCCCAAUGUGGUUUUCGACAGGGGUAGGCAGCUGUGUGAAUCCAGCUCUGUUCAGCAGGACUUUGAAAAAAUUUUCGCAUACGAGACAAUUUGCACUAAAUGCAUCUACACGGAUGGCUCCAAAAAGCCUGAUUCAGAGUUUUUGUGGCUUUUUGCAGAUGAGGAAAUUUUUCAGUACAGAUCGGUGGGCUUUUUAUCCACAUUUACUAUAGAGACAUUAGCGAUCUUGGAGACCGUUGAGUAUUGUCUGAGAUCUGAUUCUAGGAACUUCUCAAUUUUUUCAGACUCUAAAUCGGUUCUAUCUGCACUAAUCUCGGAUUUCUUACCAAAUAAAAGUUCGCAUUUACUUGCGUUUAUAAAAGACAAACUCAGAAAUGCAAACAACAUGAACAAGGAAAUUUCCCUUUUCUGGAUUCCAAGCCAUAGGGGUAUCCCAGGCAAUGAAAAAGCUGAUGCCUAUGCUAAGAAUGCAAUGGUCUCGGGAAGGGACUCUCAAAUUGAAAUUCCUAUAUUGGAUUUCAAAAACCUCAAUAAAGACACAAUGUAUAAUAAUUUGUUUACUUCUUGUGAAAAUGAGGACAUAGAAAACCAUGGUUUCAUGGCUUUAAGGCUUCCAGGAGAGAAAUCAUCUCAAUCUGUAGGAUACGUAGUGGUCACACUUCACUUAAUGCUAGCCUCUUCUGUUUCCAUAUUGUGGAAUCCCCAAACUGCGCUGUUUGCAGGACACCAGAAGACAUUGACCAUGUUUUCUGGCAAUCACAUCAACAUUCCUAAAAGGUUACAAUAA